UUGUUAUGGUUUUACGCGCGAAUUCUUAACAAAUUGCGUUUUCGAUAAUUUUGGUAAAAAAUACGAAGCGAUUAACAUUAUAAAAUUAAUAACUCACUGCUUUAAAACUAAAUAAUCUAAUUUUACUCAUAUGUGCAAUCGUUAGAUAAAAAUUUUCAAAUUUAAAUUGUUACAGUUAAGUGCUAUAAACAAAACAAUUAUAUCAAUGUCAGUUUUCGAGUUAGUUAUCUUCUGUAUUUCGACUAGUAAACAUAUCCGUUCCCUUUUUCCAUAUUUAAAUUUUGAACUUUUGGUCAUUGACUAUGUGUUAUAUCAACAAAAUUAAACCUCUGAUUGACUUCGCUGUAACUGGAUCCUUCGUAUUCCGUCGAGUAAACAUCGAAGCUCUCUCAGGAUUAUGCUCUCAGGAUUAUGCUCCUGUUAGUAGCAGUGAAUAAUUAAAGACUUCAUUUCAAUUGUGCGCGUAGUAAUGAAGUAGAGUUUUUGUAUCGGUAAAAUAAAAAUAUCGCCAAGAUAGAAGCAGUGUUUGUUCGUAUGCAGUCGUUAGAGUCAAUGUUUGUUAUUAAAGUUUUUGGUUUUUAGCUGUCGCACAGAUUGUAUUUAUUAAGACAGUAAAGUUUCAUGAAUGAAUUUUAGACCGUUCGUUAAAAAAUAUCUACCGCGUAUUAGAAUCAGUGGAUUAUUGAAGAGCAUCUCUACCAAAUUCAAUGUUGACCUAUUUCAUUUUCAACCACCUAUCAAUGAUCCAGAAUCAAUCAUCCUCAAUUUCGAUCUAAAUCUUGGACAAGUAUUUUGGAGCCAUUGCAGAACUUCUUAAGUAAAAAACGCAGUUUGAUGGCUUUUUCACAACCAAAUUCAAGAGAAUUGCAAAACCGAAAAAUCUUAGAAGAGUUACAGUUAAAGAAACAAAUGUUAUUGAAACAAGGUGUUGCGCCGACUUUAAAUACAUCAUUAGCUGUUACUUCUACUGGCUCUGCAUCUACUGUGCCUACUACACAAUCUACUGAUGGAGUAGCAAUGAGUGCAUCGCAAAGAGCUGCUCUACAUAAUGCACAUGCAGCAUCUACAGGUUACUUUGUUACACAAGACUCUUCUUUUGGCAAUUUAAUUUUACCAGUUCUUCCAAGAUUUGAUACUAAAUGAAUUCUUGGAAAAAAUCAAUAAUUGGUAAAUAUGACUAGUUUACAACUUCGAAAGCUUGAGGAAUAUCUACAGCAGAUUGAUGGAUUUGAAACACCAAAGAUAAAACUUGAACAAUACACUACCAGUGCACAUAUUGCUUCACGCAUGUUAUAUACUGCUCAGUCCCAAUUUGAUGAUAUAGAAGGAUGUGCUGUAGCUGAUUUUGGAUGUGGCUGUGGUGUUUUGUCAUUAGGUUCUCAAAUGCUUGGCGCAAGUCACGUAGUGGGAUUUGAAAUAGAUUCCGAUGCACUUAAUAUCUUGUAUAGAAAUUGUAUUGAUUUGGAUUUAUUUGUUGAAUCAAUACAAUGUGAUAUAUUUCAAUAUUUACCAGGAAAAUUUGAAAAAUACUUUGAUACAGUGAUUAUGAAUCCACCGUUUGGAACUAAAAAAAAUGCAGGAACUGAUAUAAAAUUUUUAGAGAUUGCUAUUAAAGCAGCUUCCAGUGCUGUAUAUUCUUUACAUAAAACCAGUACACGAGAUUAUGUUCUUUCCAAAGCUACACAACUUGGUGCAAAAGGAACAGUAAUUGCUGAGUUAAGAUAUGAUUUACCUCGUAUAUAUAAAUUUCAUAAAAAAAAUUCUGUUGAUAUACAAGUAGAUUUUAUACGAUUUGAAUUAAAUUCUUGAGUAUUUAUUAAUUUUUCAAUAAAUUUUAUUCAUCUAUUCAAACUUUA